AUGUCAGAUGUAGAUGAGACUGCAGAUACCACAGCUUUCUCCUCUGUUCUGAUCCCAGGCACCCUGGAGGAAAUUCCACCUCCUCCUCCUCUUCCAUCUGCUGCUGCUCAUGGAAGUGUUACCCAGUGUCUUCAGGAAGCCUCUUCUUCCUCUACUACCAUGGAAGACACCCUAUCAAGCAAACCAAAGGAAGGUUGCAAUGGCCAAGAAAAGGAGGGUGCAAGUGCCUCAAAGGCCCACCCAGAGGCUGAGCUAUUGCUCACUACUUCUCUGGGGAAGAAGGUAGUUGAUUUGGUGAAGUAUCUGAGUGUCAAGUACACAACAAAGGAUCUCGUCACAGAGGAAGAAAUAAUGAAAAAUGUCAUCAAAGAGUUCAAGGAUUACUACCCCAUGAUCUUCAGGAAUGCUUGUGAAUGCAUGGAAGUUGUCUUUGGCAUUGAAGUAAAGGAAGUGGACCCCAUCAGGCAUGCCUAUGUGCUCGUCCAAAUGCUCGAUCUUACCUACGAUGGAAAGGGGAAUAAUGAUGAAGGUCUGCCCAAAACUGGUCUUCUCAUACUUAUUUUGGGCCUGGUCUUCAUGGAGGGCAACCAUGCGCCUGAAGAGAAGGUCUGGGACACACUGCGCAUGAUUGGUGUAUAUGCUGAGAAGAAGGAUUUCAUCUAUGGGGAUCCGAAGAAGCUGAUCACUGAAGAUUUCGUGAAGGAGAAGUACCUGGAGUACCAGCUGAUACCCAACAGCGAUCCUGCUCGCUAUGAGUUCAAGUGGGGCCCAAGAGCCUAUGCUGAAACCAGCAAGAUGAAAGUCCUGCAGUUUUUCUCCAAGGUCAGUGGGAGUAGUCCCACAGCCUUUGUUUCCUUGUAUAAGGAAGCUUUGAAAGAUGAAGAAGAAAAAGCCAAGCUUGUGUUGGCCAACCUGAAUGCUGCCACUGUCACUAUGGAUAAAAUGCCCCAACCCAAGUCUAGCAGCGAUUCUUGCCCUCCCAAAUAA